AUGGUGAAAAGGAAGCUUGGAGCCUUGGAAAAGGUCGAGGCUGAUCUGCCCAAUUUGCAACAUAAGAUCAAGAAGGAUCCCCAAUCUUACAUUGAAGAUUUCCGAGCCCAGCACUACCAAUAUGAAUCCCACCGCGAGAUUUUCAUGGCGGCGCCCUCGUCCGCUACGGACACCGGUCUGAUCUCUCUUCGGGAUCUGAUCGACUUCAUUUCCCAUGUUGCAGACUGCUACCCGGAUAUUUGUAAGGACUUCCCGCAGCAGCUCAUCGAUAUGCUCCUGCAACACCACCUGGUGUUGGAGACUGAGCUGCGCGAAAAGCUGGUGGGAAGUCUGGUUCUCUUGAAGAAGAAGGAAAUCAUUGACUCGGAAAGACUACUCCACACACUGUUCCCCAUUCUUGUCUCCACGCCUAGUAAGACCCUGCGGGCCUUGCUGUUCCAAAAGAUUCUCUCUGAGCUCCGCACCGCCAACUCUAAGACUACCAACCACAAGUUGAACCGUACUAUGCAGACAGUGCUCUUCAACUUGGUCACCUCUGAUCGCACAUCUGCCAAAGGCCUGUGGGCAAUCAAGAUCACCCGAGAGUUAUGGAAGCGUCAAAUUUGGACUGAGGCCAAGGCCGUUGAAGUCAUGAAGGAGGCAUCCCUUUCAGAGAACGAGAAGGUCAUCGUUGGUGGUGUCCGUUUCUUCCUCGGUGGUGACAAGGAGCGCGAGGAGCUCGAAGAUGAGAGCAGUGAUGAUGAAGUCAAUGUUGGUCAAGUUAAGCACCAGCUUACUAUCAACAAGAAGACAAGAAAGAAGGCCCGUGCCGCGGAGAAAGCCAUCAAAUCCGUCAGAAACAAGGAAAAGAAGAGAGGUCAACAUAACGUUAUGCUGAACUUCUCUGCUCUACACUUGCUGCACGAUCCUCAAGGAUUCGCCGAAAAUAUGUUCUUCAAGCACCUCCAAAAUGGCAAGUCCAAAUUGAACUUGGAGCAAAAGCUCCAGGUUCUUCAAUUGGUGUCUCGUCUGGUUGGUCUGCACCAGCUGCACAUCAUGCCUCUCUACUCCUACUUCCAAAAGUUCCUCACACCCCGCCAGCCGUCUGUUACUUCCUUCCUGGCAUCUUUGGCCCAAGCCACUCAUGAUCUUGUCCCCCCUGAUGUUCUCGAGCCUCUUGUGCAAAAGAUUGCCAACGAGUUCGUGUCUGAAGCUUCAGCUGGUGAAGUCGCCACUGCUGGUCUCAAUGCCAUUCGUGAGAUCUGUGUGAGACAACCUUUGGCUAUGGACGAGACUCUCUUGCAGGAUCUUGUUAUGUACAAGAAGAGUAAGGAUAAGGGUGUCAUGAUGGCUUCCAAGGGUCUGCUUAGUCUCUACCGUGAUGUCGGUGCCCAAAUGCUUAAGAAGCGUGACCGUGGUAAGGAAGCUUCCAUGGGCCUGCGUGCUGGCGAGAAGAAGGAGAAACGCUUCGGUGAACAGGCUGUUGGCCAGAUCGAAGGUCUGGAGCUCUUGGCUCGUUACAAGGACGAAGAGCGCCGCAAGAAGAACAUCGAGAAGGGUCUGCCAUCAGAUGCCGAAGACGAUGAAGAUAAUGAGGAAGACAACUGGGCAGCCUGGAACGUCGAAGAUGACGAGGACAGUGAUGUUGACGGAGAAUGGAUCAACGUGGAAGAUGACGUUGAAAUUGAUCUGAGUGACUCCGAAGACGAAGGCAAGAACCGCCCUUCAAAGAAGUCCAAGCAAGAAGAAGAGGAAAAGAAGGAAGGUGAAAAAUCAAAGGCAGAGGAAGAAAUCGAUUUCCUCAAAUUGGCCACCACCCGAAUUCUCACACCCGCCGAUUUGGCCAAGCUCGCUGAGCUCCGUGCUGAGGCAGCUGCUGAGGCCACACUUCCCGGCAACAAGGGUCGCGUUGCUGCUCCCUGGACCUCUCGUCACACCGAUGAUCCCUUGACUGCCAAUGAGAUUGAGGGUCUUGCUGCUCUCUCUGCCGCCAAGGCUACCCGUGAGGAGCGUAUUGCUCACGCUAAGGAGGGACAGACCGACCGCUCCGAGCACAAGAGCAAGGAAGCCAGGAAGAAGGAGCGCAAGGAGCAGGAGGGCAAGAGUACUACCAACAAGGAGAAGGCUCGCAAGCACCAGCCCUUCUUGAUGUCGCUCGGAAAAGCGAAAUCUAAGAACAAGAGAAGUUUGAAGGAUGUGUCUCGUGCGCUGAAGGCGCACCAUGACCGUGGAAAGAGAGGUGGAAAGAGAGGAAACGCGGGUACUACAGUUGGUCCUAGUCGCUAG